GCCGAGCACGCCGCGAACAUGGCGCAGAUGCACGAGAGGGACCGGGCGCGGUACAAUGCCAUGGCGAGCAAGUGGUUCUUUGCUGAGAACAACGAAGACAAUGGCCACGAUGUUGUUGACCUGCACGGGCAAAGUGUGCGCGAAGCCAUCAAGCACACCGGACGGGCGACCGUGAACGCCGUCAGGUGGGGCGAGGAAACACUCACGAUUAUUGUCGGCAAGGGCCAGCACUCGGACAACGGCGUGGCGAGGCUCAAACCUGCCGUCAAGCAGUAUCUAAGAACCCAGGGCUGGCUGCACCAGAAUGACCCAACGAAUGCUGGAAGGAUCGUCGUCGACUUGAGUGCGGGCCGC